AUGGUUGAGCCCUACAACUGCGCCAAGUGUAAGGAGACCCUGUACGGGAAAAAGUUCAUCCUGAAGGAGGAGCAGCCGUACUGCGUGGCAUGCUACGAGUCACUUUUUUCCUUCAAUUGUGAGGUGUGCCAAGCUCUCAUUGGCUGCACCAGCAAGGAUCUGUCAUACAAGGACCGCCACUGGCACAGCGACUGUUUCCUCUGCACCAAGUGCGAGCGAUCUCUGCUGGAUCGGCCUUUUGCCACAAAGGACGACAUGCUGAUGUGCACUGACUGCUUCGCCAAUGAGUACUCUGCCAAGUGUCACGCGUGCCUGAAGACGAUUAUGCCCGGCACUAAGAAGAUGGAGCACAAGGGCAGCAGUUGGCACGAGAAUUGCUUCGCCUGCAACCGCUGCCAGCAACCUAUCGGCACCAAGAGCUUUGUCCAGAAGGACUUCAACAACUACUGCCUGCCGUGCUACGAGAAGCAGUUUGCCCAGCAGUGCAUCCACUGCAAGAAGCCCAUCACCACCGGAGGAGUGAACUACCGGGACCAGCCGUGGCACAAGGAGUGCUUCGUCUGCAUCGGCUGCAAGCAGCAGCUGGCCGGUCAGAGGUUCACCUCCCGCGAUGACUUCGCCUACUGCCUCGACUGCUUCUGCAACCUGUUUGCUAAGAAAUGUGCUUACUGCACCACCCCGAUCAGCGGUCUCGGGGGAAGCAAGUACAUCUCUUUCGAGCACCGCCAGUGGCACAACGACUGCUUUACCUGCAAGAGGUGCAGCAUGUCUCUGGUCGGCCGAGGUUUCCUGACCUGCAAAGACGACAUCCUGUGCCCCGACUGCGGCAAAGACUUCUGA